AUGAGUGAAGUGAGUGCAGAGCAAGAGGAUGGCUUGAAGAAGAAGAACAUAUUUGAAGUUCCAACAAGGACGAAGAAAGACAAACAAAGAAGUAAUGACGAGACUGAAGAGAAAGUGCUCAAGUGGGUGCAUGUUAAUCUACCUUUCACAGAGGUACUCUCUCAAAUGCCACCAUAUGUCAAGUUCCUGAAGGAGAUCUUUUCCAACAAGCGGAAAGUGAAAGAGACAUCGGUUGGCAAGCUCACAGAGCAUUGUAGUGCUAUUCUACAAAAUAAGCUCCCUCAAAAGUGUGGAUAUCCAGGGAUUUUCACUCUACCUUGCUCUUUAGGAAGUACUAAAUUUGAAAAAACUUUGUGUGAUUCAGGUGCUUCUAUUAAUAUUAUGCCUUUGUCUUUUUUUAGAAAAUUGGAGGAAGAGAUUGGAGAAAUCAGAUCUAUACCUGUGCCCUUGCAGCUGGCGGAUCAGGCCACAAUCAUACCUGAAGGAAUAGUGGAAGAUGUGCUAGUUCAGGUGGACAAAUUUGCGUUCCCGGUGUACUUCAUCGUGGUGAACAUGGAAGAGAAAAAGGAGGUCCCUCUUAUUUUAGCUAGACCUUUCUUGGCUACUGGAAAAGGUGUAUUAAAUAUUCAGGAAAGGCAGCUCAUGCUAAGAGUGUGA